UAGGCAGAACUCCCGCGCUACCCAGCCGCCGGGGUUCGUCUCCCCGGGUCUCUGCCCCCCGCAUGGAGAGGGUCUCGGUGGCCGCCGGCAGCGCGGGCGUCGGCAAGGCCGAGGGCGCUGGAGCCAUGCCGCCCCCGCCUGCCGUCUCCCCGCCUGCUCUCACCCCGGCACCCGCAGCGGGUGAGGAGGGCCCGCCGCCCUUGCCCGAGGCGGGGGCUCCAGGCUGCUCGGGCUCCCGGCCCCCGGAGUUGGAGCCGGAGCGCAGCCUGGGCCGCCUGAGGGGCCGCUUCGAGGACGAGGACGACGAGUUGGAAGAAGAUGAGGAGCUGGAGGAAGAGGAGGAGGAGGAGGAGGAAGAGAUGAGCCACUUCUCGCUGAGGCUGGAGGGGGGUCGGCCGGACUCCGAGGACGAGGAGGAGCGCCUGAUUAAUCUCUCUGAGCUGACACCAUACAUCUUGUGUUCCAUUUGCAAAGGUUACUUAAUAGACGCAACUACCAUUACGGAAUGUCUUCAUACGUUUUGUAAAAGCUGCAUUGUAAGACAUUUUUACUAUAGCAACAGAUGUCCAAAAUGCAACAUAGUAGUACAUCAGACACAACCUCUUUAUAACAUAAGGUUGGAUCGACAAUUACAAGACAUAGUGUACAAAUUAGUGAUCAAUCUAGAGGAAAGAGAAAAAAAGCAAAUGCAUGAUUUCUAUAAAGAAAGAGGUCUAGAAGUACCUAAACCUGCUGUUCCACAGCCAGUUCCCUCAAGCAAAGGAAGAUCUAAGAAAGUCUUAGAAUCAGUGUUUCGUAUUCCACCUGAACUUGAUAUGUCUUUAUUACUAGAGUUCAUUGGUGCUAAUGAAGGCACGGGACAUUUUAAGCCCUUGGAAAAGAAGUUUGUCCGAGUUUCGGGAGAAGCAACUAUUGGGCAUGUAGAAAAAUUCCUCAGAAGAAAAAUGGGCCUUGAUCCAGCUUGUCAGAUAUCAUCUGUGGUGAUCACUUGUUGGAGCAGUAUCAAACUCUAAGGGAAAUCCGUCGUGCAAUCGGUGAUGCAGCAAUGCAGGAUGGUCUGCUGGUCCUUCAUUAUGGUCUUGUAGUUUCUCCCUUGAAAAUUACUUGAAGAUUCUAGCAGCAUUUGGAGGAGGGAAACAAAAUAAGGAGGCUUCUGCAGGAUUGCAUUUCACCAAAGAUUUCCACAAAACAUGUAAUUGCUACCACUUUGUGCUGUUUGAGGCAUAACUUACCUAUUUUCAGCACCAAGAUUCAUAGCAUUUAUAAGUACAAUUUGGAAUGAUGGAAUGCUUCUGCUUUACUAGAGACUAUAUAAAAAGCAUCAAUAGCUCAGGGGGAAAUUUUCAAAGCAUUAAAUUUUUAAAUUCCUUGUGAUUUCAAAUACUUUGACAUUGAUUUUGCUUCCUAACCUUUGACGUAAAUCGGUUACUAUUUUCUUCUUUGUUGAGCCAUAUCCCUUUCAGGUUGGUGGUUAGGAUUCUGCUCUCUGGAAUCAUAUCAGUUGGGCAGUCAUCCUUUUGGAAAAGAAGUAUGCUUUUGAACUAAAGAUUCAAAGCCAGUCUUUGCUGAAUUACAGAGUGUACCUCUCAGACAAAGACCAAAACUAUUGACCACUUUUGUAUGUUGCCAUUGUACUUUGAACUUACAUCUUUCAUUUACCAGCAAUACUACAGAGGUGAUACUUACUUCUAAAAGGGAUGAAUUCUCAUUUUGUGUGAAGAGCUGUCUCCUGCAGGGUUUAUGGCCUAUACCAUAAGCCUUCACUGUACUAAAGACUUCUUUAAAAUAUCUUACAACAAGGGGUGCCUCUUUGAAACAUUAUUUUUAUUCUUUGAAUGUUAAUUUGAUUAACAUUCAUUUUAUUUGAACACGUAGUUUGUCAAUACCUUGUAAUGCCACUGCUUCUGAAAGUAAUAAAGAAACUUGAGUACAUUUGCAAGUUUACAGAAUACUUAUUCAUUGAUUCCUCAGUAAGUCAACUUAAUGUCUGUUUUCCCAUUAUUUUGUCACUGGGAUAAAGAAUACGGGUGUUUGAGAGUUUACUCACGUGCAAAGAUUUCAGUUUUAAAUGUUAUUUUGCCUAAAAUUAGCAUUGUGAUGCUUUCUAAAAAGAUUUUUUAUAGACCCUAUUUCAGUAUAAAAUUUCCAACUCUGCAUAGAAACAGUUACAAAUGAAUAAGGUUUGGCAAUUGUUUUGUAAAGAAUUUGUGAAUUGUGUAUAAAUCUCUUCUAACAUUUAAUAAAAAUUUUUAAUAAAAA